AUGGCAGAGCAGAAGCCUAUUACUUCAGCGUCCGCACCAGCAGGCUCAUCAACUAGGCCAAUGCCGAGCAGGGUUUCACUCGACGACAAGGAGGCCUAUCUGGACCUGCUUAUCUCCCAGCUCAGCGUUGAAGAGCUAGCCUUCCAGCUUCCGUUGAUAUCUGGCAAUUGGCUUGUCGGGGAGGAAUCCGAUCAUGUCCUUUACGAUAAGAUCCUGCACCUUGCUCCGAACGCAGGGCUAGGCGUUAUCUGCGACUGGUAUCCCACCCAUCACUCGCAGUUCAAUACUCUCCAGGCUCUCAAUCUACAGAGAUCCCGGAAUAAGAUCCCGAUAAUGGCGAUGGGCGAGUGCCUUCACGCUGUUUGCUCGAACAGGCAAUCUGUGUUCCCUCAAGCCCUCGCCUUAUCAAGCAGUUUCGACAUGAACCUCGUUAAUCGUGUUGGACGAGCCCUGGGCACAGAGGCUCGAUCUAUAGGAAUCCACACAUGCUUCGCACCAGUGCUUGAUAUCGCCAAGGAGCCCCGCUAUGGAAGAAGUCAGGAGACUUUCGGUGAAGAUUUUGUCUUGGUCUCGCACAUGGGCGUGGCGUAUUCGUCAGGUCUGUCUAAGAACGGAGCUUUGUCCGAUUCUGACGCUGCUGUCCCCGUCUUGAAGCAUUUUGCCGGCCAUGGUGCCCCAUUAGGAGGGUUGCAUUCUAAUGCAUGGGCCGGGCGUGGCCGUCGGGAGUUUCUCUCAGAGAUACUGACACCGUUCAAGGCCGCUAUUGAACAAGCCACAGGCGUAAGAGGGGUCAUGAUGUCCUAUACAGCAGUGGAUGACUUGCCUGCGCACAUUGAUACAUUUCUGUAUAAGCAACUUGAAGAAUGGGGUUUUGACGGAUUCGCCAUUUCUGAUUGGUGUGGACUUCAAGAGACCGUGACGGGUCAUCUUAUCGCCGAUUCCCCAGCUGAUGCUAUUCGGCAGUGGCUCAAUGCCGGUGGUAGCAUUUUCCUUUACGACUUUACCCCUGAUGUCAUUGUCAGCUCGAUAAUUGAACUUGUGAAGAAUGGAGAUGUAGAGCUUUCCACUCUCAAGAAGCGGGUCAGGAAAAUCCUUGACAUCAAGUAUGAUCUGGGGCUCUUCCACGAUCCUUAUCUAUCUGAGAAUAUAAACCCCCAAGCAAUCACGCUCUCCCAUACGCCUUUAGCACGUGAGGCAGCUCAACGCUCGAUUGUACUCUUGGAGAACCGAAGCGAGACACUACCGCUUAGGCCAUCCGAGCAGAAGAUCAAGAAGAUUGGUGUAAUCGGCCCAUUCGCAGAUACCUUCAACUUUGGAACUUACACGGGCACAUGGGGAGCUAAUCCGGCAGAAAACGCAAGCACAAUUCGACAGGGACUUCUCGAACAUCUUACCAAAACUAGAAACUCUGAAGUAGAAAUUGUCUCAGCUUGGGGAGCGAACAGCUGGCACUACAACGCACAGUACCCGAUUCCUGGAUAUUUGCUGUCUACCCAUGGCUCCCCAGGAGGACUUCAAGCAACGUACUACCACGACACCAAGUUUCAAGAACCAGCAUUCCAGGUAAUCGAAACCCCAAAUCGCGACUGGGGACUGUAUCCACCUAUUGGACUUGCAUCUAACAGUUUCGGUGUGACAUGGGAGGGCGAGUUCGAGGUGCCGGCGGGAGGCGAAGUCAAUGGAUGGAUUGGUGUUGCUGUUUCUCCAAAGACAACCGCGCGACUCUACAUUGAUGGCAAACUGAUCUCAAAGCCGGAUCAGAGUAAGAUUGGCACGAUCUUACGAGACAUCAUGCCGUACACUUAUGCUGCCGAGAACGGCACCAAGCCGCCUCCUGGAGGGUCCGAGUUUCUCUUCACGCCUGGCUCCAAGCAUCAUAUUCGGAUUGAGUGCGAAGUUCAUGCCAAUUGGCCAAGAUCAAGCGCCGCUGGUGUUCAUUCGAAGGUCCAACUCUGGUGGAACCUGGUCGAUAAGAAGGAUGCUAUUGGUCAGGCAAAGGAGGUUGCCUCUGGUACUGACUUGAUUGUUCUUGCGGUGGGAGCGGCUUGGAACAGCGAUGGCGAGAAUGGCGAUCGCGCAACCCUCGGUCUAUCGCAUGGCCAAACACAGCUCGCAGAAACCAUAUUUGCGCUAGGCAAACCUGUGGUCCUCAUCUUGGAGGGUGGUCGGCCAUUUGCCAUCCCCGAGUUUUACGCACAAUCUGCUGCAGUUCUCAGUACCGGAUUCUUAGGUCAAGCGGCGGGCCAAGCCAUCGCAGAUGUGCUCUUUGGUGAAUUCAACCCCGGCGGCCGAGUGACAAUGAGUGUUCCUUAUGAUGCUGGCUCUCUCCCUGCGUACUACAAUCAGCGGACUACCAAACCUGCAAGUCACAUACCUUACUACCUUGAUGUCCCAAAGCCUGUACUGUAUUCAUUUGGAUAUGGAUUGUCAUACACGACGUUUUCUCAGAAUUUACAAAGUGCCAUGUCUACUUUUGAAGGUCGCAAGAAUGGCACUUUUUCGCAUGGUGACACUGUUGCUUUUACUGUGUCCGUCAUGAAUAAGGGCACCGUGGCUGGAAGCCAUGUUCCUCAGAUCUACCUCUUGAGACGUCGGGGGUCAUCCGUUACAACGCCCAAUAAGCAGCUUGUCGCAUUUACUCGCCUUGAAAUUAAUGCGGGAGAGACUGACACUACGGUGCUGGAAUUGGAGGUGGACCGCUAUCUCCCCGUUAUCAACCGCGAAUAUGAGCGCGUAUUGGAGGCAGGGCAAUACACCUUUGCCCUAAUGGACGACGGAUCACUCGACGCCCCGAUAAUCGCAGACGUUACACUGAUUGUGGAGUCCUCGCACACAUAUCAGAAGUACUAG